AUGACACAUGCACUACAGUACUACAAAGGAGGACAAGUCUACCGACCAACACAGGCAGAAUGUGCCUCUAAUGUAGGUGGUCAUGCUUGGCUCAUUGCUGGUCUCGACUACGAAGGCGAAAAUCCUUACUACAUUAUCAAGAACAGCUUUGGCGCAUCUGCCAUGACACUCACUAAUAAUUUCGUGACCUACAGAUGGGGCGAACAAGGCUAUGUUCGUUUCGGUGCUGGGCAAAAUCUCUGCGACUCGGAAGUACGAAGCUACGGUGCGCAGUUGUGA